AUGGUAGAGGGGACUAAGGAUAAAAAAACCACCGUGGAUAAAAAAAAACAGGAUGGUAAAAACAAAAAAAACGUCAAGAAUGUAAAGGGCAACCCCAAGGCAGCAGCCACCGGCAAUGACAAGCUGGCCAAGAAGAAAGGAACCAUCAAGGAGAAAAAGCAACUAUACAAGGGAAAGGUUAAAAAAAGCUUGGGUAAACAGGUGGCCGGAAAGGACCAGCAGGUGAAGAAGGGCGCCACCGAGGAGUCCAAGAAGAAGAAGAAAAUCACCACGUCCAUUCGGUUUAAGCGACCGAAAACGCUGAAAUUGCCCAAAAACCCAAAGUGCCCGAAAAUCAUCAAAUCAUGCUACAAGAAAACGCUGGACAAGUAUGGAAUUUUGAAAUACCCCCUGACGUCAGAAAAGGCCAUGAAAAAGAUAGAAGAAAUAAACACGCUCGUUUUUAUUUGCGACAAGAGGGCGGAUAAGAAGAAAAUUAUGAAGUCAGUGAGGAACCUCUUCGGCAUUAACUGCGAGAAGGUCAAUGUGCUGAACAGACUCAACGGAGAUAAGAAGGCAUACGUGCGUCUGUCAAAGGACCACGACGCGUUGGAGGUAGCCAACAAGAUCGGAAUUCUAUAA